AGAUAAGCACGUAAUAAUCCAAUUUGUAGGCCGUUGACGCAAGCUGCGCCGUGACCCCGUCAGUAACUUGACGAGUUUUGACGAAUCAGCACGAUGGGUGAGGAAGCUCCGGUAUCGGUUGGCGAGGAAGUUGAAGCGGUUCCUGCGGAACCGAGACAGGAAGAGGUUAAGGUAGCUGCUACAUCAGCGGUACCAGUGGUAGAGUCCGGCACGAAGGAGCUUCCCCAGUACAUGCACGAUGCCGUGGCUCGGAUUGCGCCGGAGCAGGGAUUUACCCCAGGUCAGUUCAAGAUAGACUUUGAGGUAGGUUCCGGCAAGGGGGACGGAUUCGUGGGGGAGAUGUUCCGCGCUCGGAUUACCGAGGGUGCACGGGAGUUGGUGGUGCUGUGCAAGAUCCCGCCGAUCAACGAGGCGCGGAGGCAGCAGUUUGGUUCGAUGGUGAUCUUCGAACGCGAGGUGGAAGCGUACUCCAAGUUGCUACCGGCGAUGUACGAGUUCCAGCGGGAGAAGGGCGUCACGGAGGAGUUGGAUGUCGGAUUCUUCAACGCUCCCAAGUGCUACCUGUCGUACUGGGACGGUCCGAAGGAGGAGUCCGCGAUCUUGAUGGACGAUCUGCGACUUCGAGGUUACCGGAUGUGGAACAAGAUGAUACCGGUGAACUACGAGCACGCCAGGCUGUUGAUGGUUCAGCUGGGAAGACUGCAUGCCGUGUCGUUCGCCAUGAAGGAUCAACGUCCUGAAGUUUUUGAGCAGUUCAAGCUUCCGGAUCCGAUGACACGCAUGAUGCUAGAGGGUGAAUCCGGUGCAGUGUUCGUUGGUAUGAUGAACAUGUCCAUGGAUCGCGCGAUAGGUCUGCUUCAGCCGGAGGAGGAGAAACUUCGUCAGAAGCUGCUGAAAGCGAAGGACAGCAUGUUUGAUGAUUUGAAGAAUCUUACCAGUCCAGCUCAGUGUGAACCGUACGCCAUUCUCGGACAUGGCGAUUGCUGGGUCAACAACUUCAUCUACUCGUACAAGAACGGAGUCCCCACGGAGAUCGUCCUGCUCGACUGGCAGAUCUGCCGGUACGUAUCCCCGGCCCUGGACCUGCUCUACUUUAUCUUCGGCUGCACCGACGGCGAGUUCCGCCGCAAGCAUUACGACGAGAUGAUCCGGCUGUACCACCGGUCGCUGACGGAGCUACUGGAGAAGCUGGGCGGUGACCCGACCCGCCAAUUCCCGUACACGGCACUGCUGCGCCAGCUCAAGCAGCACGGCAAGUUCGGCCUGUUCAUGGCGAUCUUCAUGGUGCCGAUGCUGUGCGUGGACAACGCGGACCUGCCGGACAUGGACGCGCAGGCGGAAAAGUACAAGGAGACCAAGGAGAGCGGCGGAAUGGAAGAACUGGACAACGAGUGGAUGCAGAUGAUGACCAAGUCGGAGGACAAGUACCGCAAGCGGAUGGGCGACGUGCUGCGGGAUUUGGCCAGGUUUGGUUACAUCUGAGUAAGAUUAUUUGUUGAUAUUUGUUGGAAAUAAAGGUCAGGGUUUGACGCACGAA